AUGACUGGUGGGCUGAUGGGCAGACAGCGUAUUGAAAAGGCUUGUUCGGCCGCGACGGUCUCACCUGAAUCUACCGAUUCAAACCCGAUUCUGAGACUUCCAGCCUCAACAGUAGAGGUCCCACUCACUGUUGAUAAAUUCAAAAAUGUUGAAGCGCCAGCCAGACCAACCUCAUCAAGUGAACGACAGCCACUGACCGACAAGAACAAAACCGACCCGGGAAACUUGGGCAAAAGCCUCGAUCCUGUGUAUCAAUCCCUUCUUGCCGCCGUUUCUCUCUACGCCUCAGAUGUUUUUCGUUCACAAGAUGAUGCAUUUCACACAAAACGAACCAUUCUUUUGGGUGAAGUUCUUUGA